AAACAAUAAUGAUAAGAAUAUGUCAUACGUCAUUAGACUUAUUAUUUUUAAAUCCGAUAUAUUUACUAACAAUAUAAAUAAAGUAUUAAGUAAAAAGUCAAUUGGAUAACUUUCAAGAUGGAUUUAAAGACAUUUGCUGAUAACGAGUUCGAUCCUAAAAAGUGGAUUAAUAAAGCUUGGAGUACAAGUGGAAAUCAGGAAAAGGAGAUAUUUGUAGUUAACACAGUAACAAGAUUGCAGCUGUACAUGAAACAGUUAAGCAAUUCAUUGGACGAAACAACUACACAGAUUGUGACGUCAAUACCUCGUGUUCUCCAAGAUGCGUCAACGUUGCAGCUGGAAGGUGCUCUGUUGCAACAGAAGCUGGUGACUUUGGAGGAACAGGUCCAAGGCGUGGAGGAACAAACGGGACAUUCAAUCAAGAGCUUGCAAAAGAUUGAUCAGCUAAAAAGUCGGUUAGAGAAUGCAGCUUCAACCCUCCGAGAGGCGGACAAGUGGGUUGCCCUGGCGACUUCAUUAGAAGACAUUCUGGAAGCAGGUGUGCCAACACAGAAGGAAAAACUGAUGGAAUUAGGGGAACAAGUGACGGCGAUGACGGCAAGUUUGGAGGCACUAAGCGAGUCAUCGGACUAUGAAAUGAAAAGGAUGCAGCUAGAGACGUUAUAUAACAGAUUGGAGGCCGCGAUAAGUUCACCCCUCAUCGAUGCCCUGACGCAAAUGGACGCUGAGCGCACGCGCGCGUACGUGUGCGUGUUCCGCGGCAUGUCGCGCGGCGUGGCGGCGCGCGUGUGCUGGCGGCGCGCGGCGGCGGGGCGGCGCGCGGCGGGCUGGGCUCGCGCGCACGAGCACUCGCUGCGGGCCCUCACCAGGAUGCUAGCAGAGGACGCCAGCACGCAGGUGGAUUGGCUUACUUCAGUACUGAAAUCGGAUCAGCCGCUCGCUGAACUAGUGAGACUAUACACAGACCUGUUACUGUCACUGGAUCCGUCACCCACAAAGAUAGUUACUGCUAAUUUCAAAAUGUGCCAAACCCCAGAGGAAGGACUCACAUUGUUGAUCGAUCUCAAAACGGAUAUAGACGAAUUUAUCGAUUGUAUUAGAAAUGUGAUAGAGGCGCCGAGGCCCAGCAAGGACGAGGUUCCUCAGUCGUCGCUCCGGGAAUUAGGUCGAGCUCUGUGCGCUCCGCUGCGUGCUCUGCUGCCGAGAUACACAGAUCUUCAAACAGCUAUCUUCUUGGGCUAUCUGGACGAACCGCAAGUGAAACAGGAGGAUCUUCUAGAACAAUCCAGAGCGUUGCUUUCGGUAGCGGAGCGAAGUGAAGUCUGGCUCAGCACCGCGUAUACAAGAGGAAAGAAGAUAGCUGGAACAGCUAUAUAUCCAUUCUACGCUCCUUCUGUUGAGGCGUUCACGGCGGCGGCGUCGAACCUGAUAUCGGGGCACACGCGGCGCAUCGAGGCGCGGUUCCAGGCGGCGGUGUCGGCGGGCCGCGCGGCCGGCGUGCUGUGCGACUCGUUCCCGGCGGCGCUGGCGCUGGAGCACGCGGCCGCCGAGCUGCUCGACGUGCUCGCCGAGCGCCAGCGCCGGGAGGGCGACGAGGAAGACCCCAAACCCGACAACCCCCUACUGGAUCUGCCGACUAUGUUACUGGACGCGGAAACGAGACAGCUACCCCGGACAUCGCCCCCCAGCGUGGCGGCGCUUCGUCGCGCUCGAGACACGCUCAAGGGCCUCGCCAGGUCGAUACUGCGGAACCCUGUCGACGUGCAGUUAGAGAAAAUUCCGCAGCUGUCGGUAUGGCACAGCAAUGACGCCCUAUCGACAGACCUGCCCGACUUCGCUCUCUCGCCGCAGGAAUACAUCACAGAGAUCGGACAAUAUCUCAUGACGUUACCUCAGCACUUGGAAAUGUACCUGUCGGAGAAGCAAGCGCCGUGGCAGUUCCUCACUGAACUUUGCACGCACACAUGCGAAGUUUAUGCUGAAAAAAUAUUGAAUAUACAAAAUAUGGACGCGCUGGGAACAAAACGUUGUCUCACUGAUAUCGUUUAUUUAUCAAGCGUCGUUGAAGACUUGGGGAGUAGCAUCACGCCAGCUUUGAAAAACUUGGAGAAAUCUUUACGAGCAGCAACGCCGAGUCAAAACGAAUAAUUUGUUUAAUUUAAAUAAAAUUGCUAUAAAU